AGUCAGGUUGAGUGGGAAAGAGAGUGAAGGGGCCAAGGGAGGCGUGCUGGGAAGCCCCAGCAAAUUCCCCAGUCGCUGGAAACAGGUCCAACCAGUGUCUGCACAUUCAUCGCAGGGAGCACAGGUGGAGCUCCGGGGUUGAGGACAGGGUGCCGGCUGGCUCGGCGGCUCCCCGGGGUCCUCGCUGAGCUGGCCCCCUGCAGACCGCCCGGGGCCGCCCUCCGGCCCCCUCGGUGCCCAGCAGGUGGCAUCUCCACAGGACGCCAAGAUGGAGAUUCCCACGGGGACCCAGUGCCACUUCUCACAGGGCCUCCUGCUCUCAGGUAAGGAGGAAAUGCCCCCCAACGCCCAGGCCAGGCGAGCAGCCUCAGUCCUGGCCCUCUGGGUCCCCCAAGGCUCCUGGGCGGCCCUCCGCAUCCAGAAGAUUCCAGAGCAACCUCAAAAGAACCAGGACGUGCUCCUGUCUGUCCAGGGCAUCCCAGACACCUUCCAAGACUUCAUCUGGUACCGGGGGAAGGAGACAGAUGGUGGCACGAGGCUGUUCACCUACAUCCCUGACAUACAGCGGCCCCAGAGAGACGGCAUCGCCAUGGAGCAACGAGACAUCGUUGGCUUCCCCAAUGGCUCCAUGCUGCUGCGUGACGCCCAGCCCAGAGACAGCGGCACCUACCACGUGGAGGUCCACAUCAACCCUUCGUCGACCAUGCGGGCCAAGACUGAAGUCCAGGUGCUCGAAAAGUUUACGGAGCUGCCCGUUGCACACCUGCCCGUGAGCACUGGGAUCGUGGCUGCCAUCCUCAUCGGGUCUCUUGCCGCCGCGUCCCUCCUAGUCGGCAGCAUUGCCUACCUCCUGGUGACGAGAGGCUGGAGGGGCCAGAGGCACAGGAUGGCGGCCACAGGGAAACCGGAGCUGGGCCCCAGUCACAACACUGGACCUGCUGAACCCCGACCCUGCCCCUUACUGCCAGCUGGUGCCAACCCCCUGAAGGGGUCCCAGCCAGGCUGGCGGGAGAGGGAAGGCCUCAGACCGCCCCCAGGGACCUGGCAGGACCAGGCCGGCAGGGCUGUGGGGCUGACGGGUGGACUCUCUGAAGACACAGCAAGACCCCAGCAGGUGUCCAGCGGGGACAGGGGACCCGGGCAGGGCCCAUCCUGUCGCUCAACCUCUGCGUGUGCCACAUGCCCUUCAUCUGGUCCUCCCAGCAACCUGACCUAAGCCAUGAGCCUGGGAAAAGCAGUCUCUUCCCUCCCCUCUCCUCCUCCACUGGGGUAUUUGGGGGUGAGGAAGGCGGUCUGGGCCUGCCUCCAACCAGAUCUCACAAGCGCCCACUUGGGGAGACUCACGACUGACUGUCAGCCCACAACACCCCAUACCCGCCCCCUCCCUGGUUGCCUCCCCAGCCCCUUCCCCUGGGGACAAGGCAACCCCCCACCAUACAUGCAGGGAGGGCUGGCCUCACAGAUCUGUGGCCCAGAGGACAGUCCUGGUCAGUUACUCUGGCUGCCUCACCCCUGCCCUCUCAGGCAGAGCCCACCCUCUCUAAGCCCAUCUAAACCCAUCUCUCAGAACCUGUGGCCCUCUUCUGCCUGUUGUCCCCACCUGGAUCUCACCAAAUCCCUCAGGGCAGGACUCCCUUCUCUACCCCCCCCCACCCCACCCCCACUCCCAAUGGGAGCCCAGUCUCUGGCCCUUAAUUCACUCAUUCAUUCAUCCAGCAAUAAGCAGGCUGUGUGGCCAGUCUCUGGCCCUUAAUUCACUCAUUCAUUCAUCCAGCAAUAAGCAGGCUGUGUGGCCGUGCACAGUUCUAGAUCCUGCAGCUUCGGCAGCGAAUGAAGUGGAGGAAUGCUCUCCUGGAGGGAUACUCUGACGGGAGAGAGUCGGGAAACUAAAAAACUAACGUAGCCCUGACGGGUUUGGCGCAGUGGAUAGAGCCUUGGCCUGCAAACUGAAGGGUCCCAGGUUUGAUUCCAGUCAAGGGCACAUACCCAGGUUGCGGGCUCAAUCCCCAGUAGGGUGUGCAGCAGGCAGC